AUGGACUCCAGUAAUCGUCCGAGAAAGGCAUGCGACCUGUGUUAUACUCGCAAGAUCAAGUGCGACGGGCAGGAGCCCCGCUGCUCCAACUGCAUCAACUAUGCAACCGACUGUACACAUAUUGCUCUGCGCCGUAAAGCGAGACCGAGAGCACAACGUCGCGCCACACAGAAUUUCCCAUCUCAGCCAAAGGCCCAAGGUCGGGCAAUUCAUCAAGCCGAGCGGCUCAGGGAGAUUACAGGAGAAGCACCGGUUGACGAUCAAUCGCCCAAAGAUCGGAACCAUGCAAUCGACACCAUGAAGCUCCCUCCACUGCCAGAGGCUAUGGCCAUGGUCGGAAUAUUCCUCAACACAGUUAACACAGCCCUACCGCUUUUCCGUGCCGACACGCUCUUGCGUAUGGUUGGGCAGUGUUAUGCCCUCCACCCGCGACGACGCGAUCCACUCGUCUGGGCUGCUAUCAAUACCGUCUUCGCUCUGGCCAGCCAACAUAGGCCCAGUAGCACGAUUGAAGGUGUCUUCCAUCGUCAGACUGAGCACACGAAUGAAUAUCUCAGCAACGCACAAUCGGUUGUCUCAACGGUGAUGACGGGAGAUGUUUCCCUAUUGAAUGUACAGACACUUCUAGGCAUGGUGAUGGUGCUCCAGACGGCGCGUGACCCGACUCCAGCUUUGACGUUGCUGUCCGCCACAAUGCGCCUUAUACACAAGUUGGGCCUACAUAACCGUGCUGCAUCAGCGCAUCUUGACCUUGUACACCGGAGACAACACGCCCGCGUUUUCUGGAUCGCAUACAUUCUCGACAAAGAUCUCAGCCUGCGUGCUGAAAUCCCCCCCGUGCAGCUCGAUGACGAUAUCGACGUGGACCUGCCUUCUUCCUUGCCAGUGUCCCUUGAUGACAAUGACAACACUGCUGGCACCCUUGUCACCGAUGAUGGGAAAGCCAAGCUGAGUUAUUUCUUCGCCCGUAUUCAGCUCGCCAGCAUCGAGGGUCGUAUCUAUAGGUAUCUCUACUCGACGCAAGCCUCAAAGCAGAGCCCGCUGGAAAGGGCCUUGCUACGAGAUAGUAUUAGUGUCGCGUUAGAUGAAUGGAGAGCGUCCAUCCCGCUCGAAUUCAGCGCCGCGGUUGUCACCUUGACCGCGAGAAGCAAGCCGGCGAGUCUGGGCUUCUUCUGUGUGCUUCACUCAAGCGGGCUGCAGUGCAGGAUGCUCAUUCACCGAGCUCAGGCGAUGGACGAGCAAUGGAUAAAAGGGGUCCGCAAUUUUAGUCGAGGCAUCAGCCCUCUACAGAUACCGCCAUGCUGGGAAGGACUUGUACACGAGGCUCGAGACUUCGUGCUCUUGUUCCAGGAAAUCUGGUCGCGAGACAGUUGGUUCCGAUGGUAUCAAUUUCUACCCCCCUACCCCCUUUUCGGAAGGUGUGUACGUGAUCGCUAA